GCUGUUACAUGGUAUGAGUGAACGCAGCAUUGUGCAGUAAAGCGAAGAUUUACACCACCAACGUCGCACUCUGAAAGAGAAAGCUCUAAUGCAGUUCUAGAAUGAUCCAGAUUACUGAGUGCAGCCUGUAGGCAUGACCGAGAGCACUGCUAUCAGGGGCCGAUUUCUAAUUAACUGAGGUACCUGUAUUGGUGACGUAGACGCGCUCAUGUGGAGGGGGGAGUGAGGGAUGGAGUCGGGUCGGAGCAGAACGGGGUCUCACGCGGAGCUGAGGUACUUUGGUUCAGUCUGUGGCAGAGUCGAGACACUCAGUUGCCGGACACCAUCAACGGAAAACAAUCAGCGUUCAACUGUGCAAGAUUUAGAGCUUUGCUAAUAAAUACAUACUUAUGGUAGAUGGCAUUGUCUGAGACAACCGGAGGGGAUUCUUCAGCCCAUUUCUCAAGCUGAAUCCAAAUGACACUUCCUCCACCCAAAAGUCCCCCGAUGACCACAGAACUCCACUUAUAGUCGGAGAAUGCUGCACAAUGUGUGACACGGUCGUCCGACUGCAAUUGAUUGGUGCAAGAAGCGUCCUUCCCUCAACCAGAGCAUGACACUCUCGACAGUGGACAGUUGGAAAAGGGCUUCGGAAAUGAACCCCUGUGGACAGCCACAAGACUGGGUCAGUGGCAGGAGCACGGCUAGGUAAAGAAGCAGAGGUAUUCGUGUGAGGAGAAAAAGCAUACAACUAAAAAAAAGUGGGGGGCAAACGAUCGCAUCAGCAAAGACAUACAACCUCAAAUCAUGGGGAUACAGCAUCUUCUGCUUCUUUUGAUUUACUUGGACCCGCUGAAUGUACUGUGCGCGGCUACAGCCAACAAGAAGAAAAACGCUCCAAAGCGGAAUCAGAAGAUGAAGGAGGUGAACGGCACGGAGGCGCCUACUGCGGUUCCGCGGCGAAACACUCAGGUCCAGGCACCUUCGAUCGCUACCCAUGACACGUGCCUGGGCUACUAUGACGUGAGCGGAGCGUACGAUAAAGUGUUCGAGUGCAACAAUACCGAGCACCGCUACUGUUGUGGAAGUUGUUUCCUGCGCUAUUGCUGUGCAGAAAAAGGGAAACGCAUAGAACAGAAAACUUGCACAAAUUAUAACACCCCAGAUUGGAUCAAAACGCAGCCUCCCUCCCCGGCACCAACAGGUGACACUUACGACCCUGACUUGGAUCAGACUAACACAACGGUAUACAUCACCUGUGGUGUCAUAGCUUUUAUCAUCCUCAUCGGAGUUUCUGCAAAAGUUGCCUACGACAAAGCAACCAAGCCCCCUCAGGAAAUGAAUGUCCAUAGAGCCCUUGCAGACAUUUUGAGGCAACAAGGACUAAAUAAGGAGAAUGAAAAUAUUGCAGCAUUGGAGGGUUCACCCAAAGACAUGGACACACCUCUCCGGACGUCCAAGAACCAUUACACCCCAGUUCACACCAUGCUAGCAAACCACGGGCACUACGGGAAAGAGAACUUCCGCCAAGGCCAACUUGAUCAUAACUUCAUCUCCUCUGGAUUCGUGACACUGGGACGACCGCACCUAAAAGCGCAGCACUCUGUAGACGAUUUAGGGCAGCUGUCCUGGCAGGGAGAUCUGGACGUUCCUAAUAUCUCCUACAGCAGCCACCAACAUGAUUAUCAACAUAGUCACCUGGAUCUUACCCAGGCCCACACACCUAAAAUUGCCCACAGACAAAUGAGACAUGAGAAGCCCCAGCGCAUGAACAACAUCCUAACCUCGCAGACAGAGCCAUACGACCUGGACAUGUCCUUCUCACGCUCCUUCCAGAACCUCACCCACCUGCCUCCCAACUACGAACUGGCGGCAAUGAGCAAAGCUGACUUAAGUGAUAAGGACAUAGAUGAGUACUACAUGCGGAAGCGACACCAAGACUUGGCAGGUCGGCAGAUUCUGCAGCCGCCCCACAUGGUGAAGCUGAACACAGAGCCCCACCAGCAGCACCGUCAGCGGCCUCACCGUGUCCAGAGGGCCAUGUCCCAGGACCAUGUGCUGUCCCCAGAGAGGACCCCACGCCAUGGCUACGGCCUCUCAGCCUACAACAUGGGCGUCUCUUCCUACGGCAGCCGCAUUCUCUCAGAGGAGCAGCUGCUCUCCGCAGACCGCCUCCAGUCCCAGGACCCCCUGCUCUCACCAGACAAGAUGCUGUCGCUGCGGCGCUCCAACUUCCGGGAGAAGGCCAUGUCGCGGGCCAUGUCCCAUGUAGACAUUAACUUUGUGCCCACCACACCUGUCAUAGACCGCAGUGAGCGCUACGCUAAGAUGCAAAAGAUGCACUCCCAUCCCACUACCAUCAACGACUCAUACAACACGCUCACCGUCAACCACCCGACCACCAACAAGAGGCAGCAGUUUGCCUCGCGACGGACACACACCGUGGACCAUCUACAGUACAUCCCAGGCCACCAGCACAACAAUCAGUACCGCACAGCCAGUAAGAACGAGGUAACUGUUUAACGAGAGGGUGGCUGGCCAAGGAUUGCUGUGUCAACAGACUGUCAACAGAUGAAAACAGCAGAUACUUCCAGAGGUGUGCAACCUCACCAUAGGUCUUCUUUUCAAAGUAGCCAACAACUAACCCUUCUUGCUUUCAGCUCAAGCUCUCAGUUUCAUUCAGAUUUGGAUCAUCACAACUAGAAUCAACAACCACAAAGACAUCUGUACUUUCUCUAUAAGGCAACAUAAGGGCUUUGCAUGUUGACACAUAAGGAAUGCUUUAUGUGAGGUUAUCCGGAAGAAGACAAUAUUUUUUAAAAAGGGGAAUUGGAAAGGAACUGGAUCAACUUUAUAAAUAUAUACAUAUAUUUACUAUUUGUAUUUUCAGUCCUUGUUAUAGCUUGUUAUAGAGAUUCUUAUUGAACUUAUCUGGUGUUAGAACUUCAAGAGGUGCCUCUCGAAAUUGUUCCCAUUUCAAUGAUGAAGUGGAUUUAUGGGUUAAAAAGCACAAUUAAUGGGGGGUUUUCUCUGUUGGUUUAUUCUUGUUUUUUGGUAACGGCCAGCACAUAUCAGCUUAUUAGUGGAUAUAGUGGCAAUUUCCGUUGCAUAAAUGAUUGUAAAUAGGCUAUAUUAGCAGAAUUAUACACUAAAUGAGAAGAGCUGGACAAGUGGAAUUGUUGAGUUUCUACCCUACAGUCUUUUCACAAUUAAAGAUCACAAUUUCAGAUUAGUCCAAACCCUCAACAAAUACAUGAUACUAACAAACAUGUACAAUAAUGUGUGUGCGUAUGUGUGUAUAUUUUUGUAACUGUGCUUGUAGGAUGAUUGUGUAUGGCUAGGGUUGAAUCAACCUCAUGCCACUGUUAAUUGGCAGCUUUAGACUGUAGGCACACUAGUCCACAGGUGACCAUGUAAACUAAUGCUUCUUUCAAAUUGCUUCAUUUUCUGCACUCAUUCCCUUGCUAUAUAAUCCAAGUGGAUGACAUCCAUUUUGUUUUCAGUUCGGAAAAGCUGCUUUCAUUCUGAUAUACAGUAUUGUUGUAUAUUUGACUCCAUUCAUCAGAGUUGAAGAAUAAUAGUUGUUGUUAUGUGUUUACAAUUGUUACAUUGUUGCAGGUGUGUUGACGUACCUGACACAAUCGACAAAGAGGACAUCAAUAUAAUCACUAGCUAAGCAAGGAUUAAAACUGUGAUUUUUAUGUCCAGAUGUUUUCAUUAAAGCAAUGCCUUAUUGUGUGGAAGCCCAUACUCAUGUUCUUAAUUGUACAAUCAUGCUUGUGUUUUUAUGUCUUGUGUCUAACAUGUCGAUGCGUAACCAGCUUUGUAUGUCAAUUUUUAUCAUGGAUGAUUUACCAGCACUAUAGAAGGACACAAUCAAUUUAUGUGUUAUACCUCAGAAUCUAUAGGACACAAAUUUUACAAGGAUGAAAUUCUUAAGUUAACAAAAUGUUCUUUGAAAAGAAGAAAAGGAAAUUAUUAUUUUAAGCAAAAAACAUAAGAAAAUAGAAUUGAAAAAAAUAUUUCACAUGAGAAAGAAAAAUGUCUUCCACAUUUUCAAAUUCAUCCAGACUUCCUUGUGGACUCCCACUGUGUCCUCUUAUACUUAUAGAGUAACAGACACAUCAAGUACAUGAUUUGUCGUUGUUUUUACUUUUCAACUAUCUCUUCAGUUAACAAGAAAGUCCAAAUAUUAUCGGAAAAUUCUGGGUCAUGGAAAUGGGUAUAUAGACAUCUACUGUAGAGAUGUUGUUAUAUGCAUUUGCUGGUCAUUGACAAUUUCAAACAUUGUCACUGGUGUACUACGUAAAAUGUUAGGAGCUUGCAUAAUAUUGUUACAACUUGUGCAGUGUGUCCAUAUUUAAGACUUAAUUUUGCCAUUUGUCAUUACAACAGAGGCUAACAUUACAACAGAGGCUAACAGAGGCUAACAGAGGCUAACAUUACAACAGAGGCUAACAUUACAACAGAGGCUAACAUUACAACAGAGGCUAACAUUACAACAGAGGCUAACAUUACAACAGGGGCUAACAUUACAACAGAGGCUAACAUUACAACAGAGGCUAACAUUACAACAGAGGCUAACAUUACAACAGAGGCUAACAGAGGCUAACAUUACAACAGAGGCUAACAUUACAACAGAGGCUAACAUUACAACAGGGGCUAACAUUACAACAGAGGCUAACAUUACAACAGAGGCUAACAUUACAACAGAGGCUAACAGAGGCUAACAUUACAACAGAGGCUAACAUUACAACAGAGGCUAACAUUACAACAGAGGCUAACAGAGGCUAACAUUUUUCUUGGUAAAUGAUAUGCUUAUAUCAUUAUAUGACUAGCUAUACUAUAUUGUAUGUUCACAUGCAAUGUAGACACAGUAGAAAUUGAUGCACUUGAAAUAUUAAGAGCAAUUAUUACACUAGUUUCAAGCCCCUGUAUCAGCUAAUAUAUUGAGAGGAUGGCAACUAAAAUGUUCAAGUUAAGGCCAGAGUACCAAAAGCAAAACGUGAUAGUUCAAUAUGGAGUUUCAUAGUGCUUGUCAAGCUCCAAUGAUAGUUUUAUAGCCAUUUUUUAUUGUUGUAGCUAUGUCAGAGCAACAAAGAAAUUGAGCAAUGAAAAAAUGACAUUUGAUGGCCCUGACUCUGACAUGGUGGAGGUGCAACACUGUGUUGUACUGACGUUGCACCACCGGAAUCUUACAGACAUGUCUCUAAGCAACCAUCUAUCUGGCUCAAAUACAUCCACCCCAUCGCAGAGCUCCGGUUUUACUUUCCAGUCUGUCAAUGAUAUUGUCCACAAGAAGCUUUUCCCACACACAUGAGGCUAGAGCCGUAGGUUCUGAGACUAACGUGCUGCUAAGUUGUUGCGUCCCAUGAUCUAUCUGCUGUAAAAGCACUGUUUACUUUUGUUGCAAAUAUUCCUUGCCAUUUAUUAAGCUUGUAUUUUUAUGUGUCAAUGUGGUAUGAAUGAAAAUUCCUUUGUGUCU